UGCUGCACGCUUCUCAACUUCGGUACACCAAUCUUUUCCUUGUUUUAUGCUUUUUUUUGUUUUCUCCUUAUUUUUCCUAAUGUGAUGGAUUCUUUAUUGUCUUUCGAAAAAAAAAAAAAUAGGCGAAUCUCGGCGAUUUGGAUCUUCCGCAAACUAGAAACGCGCUAGUUCUUGGCAAUUUAGCUUUAAUUCAGGUCCAAGCGCUCAUUGCCGGAUCGAUCGCAGGUGUUUUCUCAUUUAUUCUCGGUGUGCUUGAACACCCCGACGAACCCACCACGGUGUAUGAAAGUAUUCUCGUCAUCACAAGCUCAAUGAUCGCAGCCGCCGCGUCAAGUUUCGUGUUGGGCGUAUUUAUGUGCGGUUUAAUUAUCGUUAGUCGGAGGUUUCGCAUCGAUCCUGACAAUAUUGCUUGUCCGAUGGCUUCCUCUUUGGGCGAUGUGGUAACAUUGGGCAUCUUGGCAGGCUGUGCACACGGUCUGCUCAGUUAUCUGGAAUCCAAGCUAAGCUUGGUAUUACUGAUACUGAUGAUUUUGUCUGUACCAUUCUUUGCAAAAUCGGUGUGGCGAAAUAUGUAUGUUCGAGAUCUGUUAUUUUCCGGAUGGUCACCUAUCAUAUUUGCCAUGUUAAUCUCGAGUUUUGCUGGUUUGGUCCUCGAGCGUUAUGUUGAACAGUACAACGGACUGGCCAUGUUGACACCCAUCCUCUGCGGUCUAGCAGGAAAUUUGGGUUCCAUUUAUGCUUCCAGAAUUAGUACCUGUCUUCACGCGGGUGUAAAAGAAGAAUAUAAACGCGUGGAAUGGACAUUGAUGUUGAUGAAUGUGCCUGUGCAAAUUUUAUUUCUGUUCAUCAUAUGGUUGCUGAAUUUAGGGCAUUUGGACUACACAUUUGCCUUUCUCGUGACCUAUUUCCUUAUGUCCAUGGUUUGUACGUGGCUCGCUUUAAAAAUGGGUAAAUCCAUGACCUUAAUCUUCUGGAAGUAUAAUUACGAUCCUGACAAUUACGUACUGCCCUAUUUAACUGCAAUCAUUGAUGUUAUUUGCACCAGUCUGUUGGUGAUCUCGUUCUCUUGGUUAACAGCAUAUGGUUAUGCUGAUUUGAUGGCUGAUGAUACCAGCGCCAUGUAGACAAUACCCCCUGUUUUUUCUAGUAUAUCGUACGUAGCAGUGUUUCUUCAUAUUUAUUCUGUCAUUCUUUUUUUUCUAUUUCAUGUCAUGAUGUACAUAACCGCAUUUUAUGCAUUUUACCGUAAACAUGAAGUUCUGUAAUGGUUUAUGCUUGUUCAUUGGUUCGUUUUAUUUUUUUAUUUUUUAUUUUAUUUCUCCUUCCACUUUCUGGAAUUGGAGUAUUCUCACGCUUGUUUGUU